ACUGGGGACACUCAUCGACACAACGGAGAGCACUUUUUUGGGGGGGUGAUUGAGGGGACCUCGUGUGGCUCCGAGCAUCUCCCUCUGUCCUUCUGCUGGGUUUAAUGUGUCAGGCCGGCGUUGGUUGGCCGUCACCCCCCCCCCCCCCCCCCCCCUGGAUAUUAUUUAUAACCGACAAGAAAAUUGGAUGGGACGCGCACACGGGCAAGACAAUCCCGGAAAUAACAUGCGUACUCUCAGCCUGUCACGUACGCUCACUGAGGAUUUGCAUUGCUGUAGGCUGCCGUAGAUAUCCUACACUGCCUCAAAAUGUUUAUAAGACGGAUACAAGUAAAUACACAGCUUGAGAGUAAUAAAUGAUUGUAGUGGGUGAAAUAAAAGCAACUAGAAGAGGACUUGGACAUGAAACUUCUUCUCUCUCUGUGGCAGAGCUCCUCUCCAUCAGAGAAAGCAGCGGCUGAGCUAGAAAAUGAAGCGAGGACGUGAGCUACGUGCGCAUCCAGCAGAUGACGAGAUGAAAUGGAGAGCUUGGGACACACGGACCUUUUAAACCCAAGCUCUUCCCGCGGACCCGUCGCUGUUUCUGCCUCGCAGGAGGGAAGGACGAGCGGCCAGCAGCCAGACAUUCACCACACGUAUCGAGCGGACAUGGGGCUCAACGGCUUCUGCGCGGCGCCGGUCGGGAGUCCUACGGCCGCGGAGUUACUCGCGGGGCUGGCCUCUCAGACCGACUCCCCUGGAAUCACAACACCGACGAAGCAGUCCAAGACCGGCGUUCCGCUCUACAACGGCGGGGUGGUGUCUCCAUCUGCCACCGUGGAGGGAAGUCACGCAGGCGUUUUGGCGCACACACCAAACGGUUACCCGGCACAAACGAAGGGGGUAGCGGGAGCAACUGGCGGCCCGAUGUACCCCCUCACCAGCAGAGCCUGUCUGGUGGAGAAUGGGGACCGGACAGCUCAUGACAAGUGCCCUAUAGCGAUGCGGAGGAUCAAUGGUGACCUGAAAGGCAGGCAGGUGCAACAACAGAAACGGAGAGGUGGAGAGAACCGGGACACGGGGUCAGAAACUGUUAAUGGACUCAUGACAGGGUCACUGGGGUUAGGAAGUUCUGUGGAUCCUGCUUUUGCUUCGGGAGACACAGACUUAAAGCGAAGGAGGUUGGCAGAGGGAAGUGCUGCCCACAAAUCUUCAGAGGUCUCCAGGGUGGCCAGAGCAGUUGCCCCCCUCACGGUCACUGUCAACUGCAGCAACAGUUCCCAGAGCAACCAAAUGGCCAUCAGUCAUGUGCACUGUGUCACACCCCAGUCUCCCUUCACCCCUCCAGCCCCUCACACUGUCCAGCACAACGGACACAAGGUGGCCUCCUCAGGCCUGCCAGCUGCACCCAGCCAGACCUCCCCUGUGGAGGCUAACAGCAUCCCGAACCCACCACCCCCUGCAGGGGCUGGCUGGUCAGCAGAGCGCAUAGCGCUGCAAUAUAUUGUCCCCUGCAUGAAAUACUAUGGCAUCUGUGUGAAGGACAACUUCCUGGGCCCUCAGCUGGGUGACAGGGUCCUGGAGGAGGUGGAGGUCCUAAACCGCAGUGGGAAGUUUCGGGGUGGGCAGCUAGUGAGCCAGAAGAGCAUUCCCUCCCGGAGCAUCCGGGGCGACCAGAUAGCCUGGGUGGAGGGACGCGAGCCCGGGUGCGAGAGCAUCGGGGCGCUGAUGGCUCACAUCGAUGAGGCCGUCAUGUACAGCGCUGCCAAUGGACAGCUGGGGGACUGUGUCAUCAAUGGACGCACUAAGGCCAUGGUUGCCUGUUACCCAGGUAACGGAGCAGGGUAUGUCCGCCAUGUUGACAACCCUAACGGUGAUGGACGCUGCAUCACUUGUAUCUACUAUCUUAACAAGAACUGGGAUGUGAAGAAACAAGGAGGGUUGUUGCAGAUUUACCCAGAAGGCAAAAAUGUUGUAGCCAACAUCGAACCUCUGUUUGACCGGCUGCUCAUCUUCUGGUCUGACCGCAGGAACCCACAUGAAGUGAAGCCAGCCUACUCCACUCGCUAUGCCAUCACAGUCUGGUACUUUGAUGCCAAAGAGAGAGCAGAGGCUAAAGAGAAAUACAGAUUGGCAACAGGACAGAAAGGUGUUCAAGUGCCUGUCACUCAAAACAGCAAGACAUAAAUCUCAUCUAAUCACUGGAGAGCACUCUGAAAUAUUAUGUGCCUUCCUGAACUGCUAAUGGACCUCGUGAUCAUAAAGGGAGACACUGUUAAACUGUCAGUCAUCUCUGCAGCGCCAUGCCACUCUUACAUUGCCAGCUGUCAGAUUCGCGUCACAGGCUGUGAUGUAAUGUUUUCCUGCCAUGGGACUGGGCAGCUGAUCAAAGAUGUGGCAGAUAUAGAGCACAAUGGGCUGGAUUGUAUGGGAAAGGUGAGAUCAGAAUUACAUGUCAUGGCGAAAGAAGAUGAAAAUAACUUCGACAGUCUCACUGAAUCAUCUAUGAAGACAACUAACUGAAAAUAAAACAGACUCCUUAAUUUUAUUUUGUUGCAGUUUUACCUGUUCAGUUAUCAGAGUGAUGUCGUGAUGUAUUGAGAAAUCAUUGUUUUACUCCACCCUGGUGUCAUUUUCAAUUCAACCACAAGAAGCGUAAAUGAUCCAUCCGUGGACAGACAGUGGGGAAAACGGGUGCAAGGAGUAGAAAUCAAUUUGUGUUGUCUCUGAAAUUCCUUAUUUCCCCUGGGCUGUGAUAUGGUCCCCUUGUCUCAUGAUGUGGGCAAGUGUGUGUUGUGUGUGUGUGUGGUCAGUGUAAAGACAGAGACUCAGAAAAGAAAUUGCUCAUAAGGCAUCAAGUGAUUCUCGGCCAUGAUAUAGUGGAAAGUGGCACUCAUUCAAGUCAGUCCUGGCUCAAGCACUAACCCUGAAAAUACAGGGCUGUACUCACAAUUUAUAAUCAGUGCAUGAGGACAACUCUACACUGUAGUUUUACUCUGUAUAGCACACUAAGUAUAGUUCAAGUAUUAUUCUAGGACUUUAUUAUAUCUGUUCAAGAAUAAAAAAAAGUCUUUUGCAGGAGCCUCUAAAUGUUAGUGCCACGAAAACCCAGAGAAUCCAGCAUGAAUGUUUCUUUUCUUUCUUUCUUUCUUUUUUUUUAAGUUGUUAUAAUGUGCAUAGCAGAUUUUCAAGACUGAACCUAGAGUACACAAAGCUUUUCUGCAUACUUUCUGUUUGACUGAAACACACGGCUCACACUUGAGACAAGAGGCAAGCUGUCCAGAGACAGGGGUCAAAACAGGUUUUGAUGAGCGCGUUUUGUGUGCUGGCAUGUGUGUGUGUUUGUGUGUGUGUGUGUGUGUGUGUGUAUGCUCAUAUGCCUGUAUGCAGAUUCAGCUUGACUCUUACCUGCUCUCAACAUGAUGGAAACAGUAUCUAUCAGCAAUGUGGGCGCUGUCGGAAAAAAAAAACUGCCCAGAAAGACACAUGCAAACACAGAAAAGAUGGAUAACACCAGAUAAUAAUAAUAAUGAUUUUAAAAAAAGAAUAAAAAUGACAAAGUUAUACUAAACAGUACUUAGCAGAAAGAUAAUCUCAAUCAACCUGUGCACUUAAGACCAUUUACAGUAUAAAGCACAGAGUUAAGCAUACACUGUAUGUGAACUGCAGGAUCAAAAUAUUGCCUGCUCAUGUGUGGGAUUGAGUAUAUGUGUGUAAAUGUGUACUUGGACAUGUAUGUGACAAAUUCCACUGUCUUGAAGAGACAGUUGAUGUUAGAUUGGUUAAAGAGAAGGUUAUUUUAAAAAGCACUUUAUUGUUUGUAAUGCCAUGCGUGAAUGAUAGAAAAAGAUAGAACUAAAAUGUAGAUUAAUGCCUUUAUGCUGUGGAUAAUAUGGUCAUUCAAAUGCAAUAGAAACUAAAACAAUGAGAACAAAUGGAAAUUGUUUGCCUAUUUUCUUUUUCUUUUUUUAAAUUUGGAGUAUUUAAUUAAAACCUGUCUGUUUUUGUAAACAAA